GGUUCUGUGAAGUCGACGCUCAGUGUUCCUUGCCUGCUGUAUGCUGGUAGCUGUACGGCCGCUGGAAUAACCCGGGUUUAGAGGGCACAGAGUUCUGGAGCAUGAACCGAAAGCCAUGGAUACAAACGGUGAAGAGGAGGAUGAGGGAGAACAGUUUGAUUUUGACAGUGGAGAUGAGAUACCAGAAGCAGACCGGCAAGCCCUUGUUCCACCUCCCCCAGGUCCUGAGAAUAACAUAGAGCACCAAGAGGUUUACAUCACAGGAGCUGGUAAUUUAGAAAACAGCGAGAAGCUACAAACAUCAGAACCUACUGCAGAAGGCACUCCAGCCAAAGUAAAUCCCUAUUCAGUCAUAAAUAUUUCACCGAUCCAAGACAAGGAUCCAUCCUCAUCACCAGAACCAAGUCCUCAAGAUGAAUGUGCAAGCCCACUCUUGUCCAGUGGAUACUCUGUUCCUGUGCCUUGUGGCUAUGCUGUUCCAUCUAAUUUACCUUUGAUACUGCCGGCAUACUCCAGUCCUGUUAUAAUACGCAGUGUUUCUAUCGAUGAAGAAGGUGUGCAGUCAGCAACUGAAGAAUGUCAUUGUAAUUCUGUCAACUCAGAGGAGACUCAAAAUAGUGAAGAUAACCAAGCCAAGAGAGAAGAUGAUGCUUUGGCCAAAUGGGUUGCAGAUCCUGCAAAUACAGCAUGGAUGGAAAACCCAGAUGAAGUAAUUUACGAUGAUGUACCAAGAGAAAAUUCAGACUCUGAACCAGAGGAAAUGAUUUAUGAUGAUGUUGAAAAUGGUGAUGAUGGUGGAAACAGCUCGCUGGAAUAUGGGUGGAGUUCAAGUGAGUUUGAAAGCUAUGAAGAACAGAGUGAUUCUGAGUGUAAAAAUGGAAUUCCCAGCUCCUUUUUGCGAGUCAACCACAAGAGACAUCUUUCUCAUGACCUAACGCGUUUAAAGGAGCAUUAUGAGAAAAAGAUGAAAGAUUUGAUGGCAAACACUGUGGGAGCAGUAGAGAUUCAGCAACUAAAGCAAAAACAUGAGCUGAAGAUGCAAAAGCUGAUGCGAGCUGCUAGAGAAGGUACCAAAGAUGGGCUGGAAAAGACAAAAGCAGCUGUGAAAAAGGGUCGUUCUUUCAUUAGAACAAAAUCAUUCAUUUCUCAAGAUCAUAGAUCAUCGUGCCUGGAGGAAGAAGAGCUCAAUUUAUUUAUUGAUGUGGACUGCAUGCAUACAGAAGCAAUUAUGACUCCUAUGCCUGAAGGAUUAUCACAGCAGCAGGUUGUGAGAAGGUAUAUUUUGGGUUCUGUAGUUGACAGUGAGAAGAAUUAUGUGGAUGCUCUCAAAAGAAUCCUGGAGCAGUAUGAGAAGCCCCUUUCAGAUAUGGAACCAAAAUUAUUAAGUGAAAGAAAACUCAAAAUGGUCUUUUAUCGGAUUAAGGAAAUUCUUCAGUGCCAUUCGAUGUUUCAGAUUGCGCUGGCGAGUCGUGUGUCCGAGUGGGACUCUAUUGAAAUGAUUGGUGAUGUCUUUGUUGCUUCAUUUUCUAAAUCGAUGGUGUUGGAUGCAUACAGUGAAUAUGUAAACAACUUCAGUACAGCAGUAGGGAUUCUCAAGAAAACGUGUGCCACCAAACCUGCCUUUUUAGACUUCUUAAAGCAGUGCCAGGAGUCAAGUCCCGAUCGAAUUACACUGUAUGGUUUAAUGAUGAAACCUAUCCAGCGCUUUCCACAGUUCAUUCUGCUAUUGCAGGAUAUGUUGAAGAACACGAAUAAAGGACAUCCCGACAGGUUACCUCUACAAAUGGCUCUCACAGAACUUGAAACACUGGCAGAGAAGUUAAAUGAAAGGAAAAGGGAUGCAGAUCAGCGCUGUGAAAUAAAACAAAUAGCAAAAGCAAUGAACGAACGUUAUCUGAACAAGCUCCUCAGCAGUGGAAACAGAUACCUCGUACGAACCGAUGAUAUGGUUGAAACUGUUUACAAUGACAAAGGAGAAAUUAUCAAAACCAAAGAGCGACGACUUUUUAUGUUAAAUGAUGUGCUGAUGUGUGCAACGGUAAAUAUUCGGUCUUCCUAUGAAAGCGGUGGCACCAUAACAACUGGCCAGAGGUAUUUAUUGAAGUGGAGCGUACCGCUGGGACAAGUGGAAGUCAUAGAGUAUGGUAGCAGUGAGAGCCAAGGAGAGAACUGCAGGUUUCCACCUCAACACUCUGCCGAAAAUGUCAUUAUUAACACUAAGCCAAACAAGCUCUAUAUGGGACCAGGGCAACUGUACCAGGACCUGCAGAACCUUUUACAUGACUUGAACGUAGUUGGUCAAAUUAGUCACUUAAUAGGCAGCCUUAAAGGAAACUAUCAGAACUUAAACCAAUCCGUAGCCCACGACUGGACCUCAGGUUUACAAAAACUGAUUUUGAAAAAAGAAGAUGAAAUCAGAGCGGCAGAUCGCUGUAGAAUUCAGCUGCAACUUCCGGGAAAACAGGACAAGUCUGGGCGGCCCACUUUCUUUACAGCUGUGUUCAAUACAUUUACCCCUGCCAUCAAACAGUCUUGGAUCAACAAUUUGCAAAUGGCUAAACUGGCUCUUGUGGAGGAUAACCUGUUAGGUUGGUUCUGUGUAGAAGAUGAUGGGAAUCAAAUCAAAAAGGAGAAACAUCCUCUCCUUGUUAGACACAUGCCAGUGAUGAUGGCCAAGCAACAGGAGUUUAAGGUUGAAUGUGCUGCUUAUAAUCCUGAGCCAUACCUUUCCGGCGAAACUGAAUCAGAUUCCUGUGCCAUGGAACAUGGUUUUCUUUGGAUUGGAAGUUGUACUAAUCAGAUGGGCCAGAUUGCAAUAGUCUCAUUUCAAAGCUCCGGCCCCAAAGUCAUUGAAUGCUUCAAUGUGGAAUCACGAAUUCUCUGCAUGGUCUACAUACCAGAGGAGGAGAAAAUGAAGGAGCAAAAUAAGGCUCUCGACUCUGAAAAUGUUCUUGCAAAAGCUUCUCAUGUGCCUACGAUUUGCCUUGGCAUGGAGGAAGGAAGCAUUUCUAUUUACAAAAGUUGCCAAGGCUCAAAGAAAAUUCGACUUCAGCACUUCUUCACUCCUGAAAAAUCAACUGUCAUGAGCUUAACGUAUAUGUCUCAAUACUUGUUUGCUGGCUUGGUAAACGGAAACAUCUCAAUCUACACAAAAGCAGAAGAUGGGACAUGGAACACAGAACCCCAGAAGACAGUUAAAUUAGGAGUUCUGCCUGUUAGAAGUCUGCUUGUGAUGGAGGAGACCAUUUGGGCUGCAUGCGGUGGACAAAUUUUUAUCAUCAGCACUGUAACACAUUCCAUUGAGACUCAUUUUGAAGCCCAUCAAGAAGAGGGAAUGGUAAUCUCUCACAUGGCUGUUGCUGGAGUGGGAAUCUGGAUUGCCUUCACAUCUGGAUCUACGCUUCGCCUGUUCCACACGGAGACACUGAAACACCUCCAGGAUAUUAACAUUGCCACCCCUGUUCACAAUAUGUUGCCAGGGCAGCAGCGUGUUUCUGUGACGAGCCUCCUGGUGUGCCAUGGCUUAUUGCUGGUUGGAACAAACCUGGGGAUAAUUGUAGCAUUACCAGUGCCACGCCUGCAGGGGAUUCCCAAAGUAACUGGAAGAGGAAUGGUGUCUUAUCAUGCACACAAUGGCCCAGUCAAGUUUCUUAUAAUGGCUACAUCUAUAAACAAGAAGAACAGAAACAAACUGAGGAACACACUGCUUCCUGGCUCGGAACCUAAAGAUGAUGACCAAAAGAAUGUUCUGCACAAUGAAAGACCAGGCUCUUCCCUUAGUAACAACCAUGACACUGCAAUAUGGUUGGGGGGUUCAGUAGGAUCCAUUGCACAAAAAAGUGACUUGUCAUCAUCUUCCGGAUCCCUUACUUUGUCUCACAGAUCAAGUUCCCUAGAAAACAGGCCAGAGGACAGUAACAUCUAUGAGCUUUUGAAGGAUCAAAAUAUCUCACUUAAAAGUAAAAAACAGCGAUCCAGGAAAAUGAAAGCGAGCUCAGUAUUAGUAAUUUCUGGUGGCCAAGGACACAGAAGAGUGAACAAGAAGAGCAAGCAGCAGCGACAAGAUGAACUAGUGUCUUCAGUGAUGGUCUGGCAAAUCCCACUAGUAAAUAUCUGAGUGAACUAAAUCCAAGAUACUUUCUGCUAUAAAACAAAAAAGUCUGAUAUCCUUUUUGCAAGAAAUACUAGCUUAGAACCCAAAUGAGUACACUUCAUACACCUGGGAACAAUUUCAGUUGGCUUUGAUCACAGAGUUAAGGGUUGCAAGACUGAGUCUUCCCAUACUGAGAACCUUCUGCCACAUUAGGGUAUUGGAAAACAUUUAGCUGUUGAAGCUGUCCUUCAAACUUAGAACAAAGAACAUCUGUUAGACACUUUUAAAUGGUUUUAGAACCUCUACCUUAUUUAUAUGCACAUUUAUAAGUAUCAUAAUUAUGUUCUGUAGCACUUAGUGAGGGCAAGGAACACAUGCCAUGUGUUGUGCUGGUUUUUGCUUAUGUAAAUCAGCUGUUGUUUCUUUUUCCAAAGUGAAAACAUCUCAUGGGCUGUAGAUUUUAACAAAUUAGCAAAUAUUUUUAACAAUAAAUAAUCUAAUGCAAGCUAAUAUUACUUUUGUAAUUACUAUAAUAGCUUAUAACAUCAUUCCAGAAGCCAGAAUUUAGUCUGGAAAAAAAAAAAAAGCAGUUAUAUUAAUUGUUUGUUUCAACAUAGAAAAUAGAUUCUUUUUAUUUCUUCUGCUCAAUGUUACUCAAAAUGUUGCAGUACAAAAAGCACAUUAAUUUCCUUGUAGAUGUGUCCGUGACUCCCCUUGGUUCUACAAUGGAAGUUUGAAGAGUGCUGUGGCUUAAGGCAAAUAGAAAACCCAGAUCCAGGACAGCUGUGCCUCGCAGUGCUGAUAACGCAUCCGCCCCUGGCAGCUCAGCGUCACAGCUAGACAUGGGCCGUGCCCUUUUGAAGGAGACAUGCACAUCCAGUAGAUUGCUAAUGCAAUUAUUUAUGAACUCAUUAACUGGGGAGAAAUACAUUAAUACUGGAAUAGCUAUAGGUAGUACAGGUAAUUACUAUGGGGAUUGGUCCCACAUCAAUUGAUUUGUGCUGUGUCCUCAGGCAAACACCUCUCAAACAAAUGCCACGGCAGAGAGAUGGUCAUAUCUGAGAGACGGUCAGCUCUCUUCACCCAGAGUUUCAGUGAUCUUGUAAUUGAGGAGUGUGAAAACAUCGUGAAAAGCUUCAUUCAGUGAGUCGGACAAGAGUUUGCUUUGGUAGCGGUAGAGAGCUGGAUUCGAAAUAAGAGCCCUAAUCGUCAUUGCUUAGUGAAUCAAUGUAUGUCCAUUUGAGAUUCCUACUGAAGCUGUUUCUGUGCUGGUCUCUGCACACGUGAAAUACAAGACAAAGCCUUCAGCUCAGAAACAAAUGGCCAAAACUGGUGAUGAGACACAUCCAUCAGUCAAAAUAUAGUUAAUGGAGUCACUGGGAAUAUCCUUUAGCCUCAUGAAUAGAGGGAAAGAUAGAGAGAAAUUAGGACUUUUAAUUAAAGUUUCAUUUGAAUAUGUUAAUACUAGUACUGUCCAACAGGUCAUUAAAAUGCAAAUUAAAUAUAUCCAAAGCAACACGUUUCUCAGAUGUACGCAUUGACUAGAAUCAAGUAAAACUUUUUGCUACGUUGGUGCCAGUAUUAUCCCAGUAAGGGGAUGAUUUGCCCUGAUAUUUCUGCUGCUUCUACUACCAGCUCCUUGAUUCUACCAGGUUUUAUUUCAGUCUCCCUAGUUUAAAUAAAUACGAACCAGAAUUGCAGUGUUUCCCAGCACGUGAUGCUUUAAGGUAAACAGUACUAGAGACUGAACGUUUUUCUUCCAUAUGAAGGUUUAGGUUUGUUUUGUUUUUUCCAAAAUAGCAGUAGCUCCAGGAGGGUUUUAAAUAUUGAUGAAAUUUAUAUUCUUUGGGGUUUUUUUUAGCAGAUUUGUCUAUCUCUUACAAUUUUAGCCUGUGUGCUCCAAAAAGUAAACCUCUAUCAAAGUAACCCUCAAAUCAGUGAGUGGGGGACUUGCCAAGUCUGACAGAGCACCGGCGUAACAGUCCCUGCCCCCAAGUACGUGGACAGAGGGAAGGCCAUUGCAGUCAGUCUGUGCCUUGUUGGUUGGCACCAAAAUAGGCAUUUCAAAAAUCAGAUAUGCACCCCACUUUCUUUUCAGAGCUUUUGUGCACAUCCUACCUCCUGAUCAGGAUUCUUCAGCCGCAACAGCACGGACCUUAGUGAGUCACGAGGUCACUCACAGAUUGGAUUGUAGGCUUAAGAUCUUCAUUACUGUCUUGUGCUUUGAUUCUGUGUCUUUUGCUGUGUAUCUCAAGACUUUAGUUGGGUGUUGUCAGCAUUGGCAUGGCCUUAAUGUUGGCAUGAGUCCUGGUGCAACAAAUAAAGAGUGCCUCUAAGCCAGGCAGCUGGCAACAUUUCCCCAAUCUUUUCCUCUUCUCUCUAGGCUUGCCUGGUCUGAGGGAUCAAGGCCAGUUGCAUUUUCUACAUUUCUCCAUAGCUCUGGCCCUGAGAGCUGCUCUUUGCCCACUGUGUGGAAGCACUACGUCGUACAGUUUAAUGUAUGCAUAUUGAAAACCAUGUUAAAAGAUUCUUCUGUGUAUAAAGCCUAUAUAAUCUCAUAUCCCUUUGCUACACUGUAGUAAAAAGACCACAGGUCUUCUGCAUGCUCCCUGGGUGUGGGAUUCCCCGGCUGUGCCUUUGGGUCUGGAGGAUCAUGUCCACUCGUUCAUGGAUCUUUCUUAGGAGCAGAGUGCACCACACGUUCAACUGGAAAUCCACGCAUGGUGUUAUUAUCGGAUCUGCUAGCAUUAAUGCAUGGGAAUUUUAAAGUGAGAUUCAUCCUGUCUUCCAGCUGAAAUGUAAUCUAUUUAGCGUUAUCAAUAAAACUGUAGAAACAAAAUACAAAACUGCUCUUUUGAAACUACAUCGGAGUUUCGCCAGUGACUUCAGUAAGAACAGAGUUAGUCUCUCGUUUACAUUCUACUUUUGAAAAUACGCAUCUAUUUAUCUUACUGAGCUGUAAAGAAGAAGAGAAGCUGUACGACUGUCUUUAAAAAUGCUCAUUGUCAGGAACUACAUAACUGAGCACAAGGUGCAAGGUUUGUUUUCUGAAAUGCAGCUCACUGGUAUUAUCUGCCUUCCUCUGAAAGCAGGCAGGAACCAAAGUUUCUCUGACAGCUGGCAAAUAGUCUUUGUAGCUAUUGCAGACUGUGCUCCGGGGUAGGUUGGAUUUUGCUUUCUCACACUGUUUUUCUAGAUUAAUAGGAGUUAUGUAAAAUAUUAGGAGAAGAAGGGAGCAACUGUAACCACUAUGAUAUAUUCUAUAUAUGUUUUCUAACACAUAGUAGUCUUCUAUAACAUGAGCCAUACAACUGGUGUAUUUAUGUUCAAAGUAUAAACUGAGAAAAAUGUUAAAUAAAAAAUGUGAUAAAAAUUAA